UUUUUUGGAUUUUUAAGUUUUUAAAGUUUUUAUUUUCAGUGCUUUUUAUUGUACAUAACCCGAGAACAAGUCACGGCAAAAGCAAGAAGUUCAAAAAACAUCACGCUCGACAGACAAAUUUUGGCAUCAAAACGGCGCGUGCUACUUUCUUUGGUUCAACCCCCGAUUCGAUUGAUUGAUCCCGACUACCCUGCGCAAGUCAACCACUUCACUUCCCUAACCUACGACCACUCUUUUGUUCGGAGAGCUUGUCAAUAUUCAAAAACAAAAAGCAAAGCAUGGCCCUUGCUACUCCGGAACCCGCGUUCGAAGGCUUUGACUUGCCCUCAACGUUUUCCGCCGACGCGAACAAAGCGCAGGCCGACUCUUCCUCGAUGAUGAGUCCCUCGUUUUUGGAUUUGGUGCAAGAUGGCAGCUUCGGUUUUGCGUUUGGCAUGGACGCACUGCGUGGGUACCAGUUCCGCUCCCCUCUUCCGAGUGCUCACACCUCUUCCUCGAGCGUGCAGUCGCCCUUCACCAACGAGUCUUCAAGUCCCAAUCUGCUUGGACACACCACACGCACAACAAGCGAGGUCUUUGACCAGCUCGCCUUUCUCCCACCAACCGGGUCUAGUCCACCCGCGGCCAGCAAAUUGUCCAACUCGUCUGGCUCUUCUGUCUCUACCGCCGCCGCUGCCACCGCCGCUGCUCUCACUAUCAGCGCCGACGCCAAGUCCAGAAAACACGCGACCAUCUCAUGUACCGUUUGCAAAGCCGGCCACCGCGCGUGCUCUGGCGGCCGACCCUGCGAGCGCUGCAUCCGGCUGGGCAUCCAGGACCAAUGCGUGGACGUGGUCCAGCGGAAGCGCGGUCGAAAGGGUGCUGUCGACCCCUUGUCCGAGGGGAGCACGGGUGAUGUCUCCGGCCGCGGUCAGAAGCGGACUGCCGACAACAACGACUAUGACGCCUCCUCCGAAGGCUCUCGUAAACGACCGGGCUGCCAGUCAACGUCCACCAUGUCGGUUCGCUCGCCAUCGGGAUCGUCUGUGUCCAAUUUCAUCGGCGUCAACGCAAGCAUCUCUGGAGAUGCAGACCAAACCCUCUACUCGAGCACUUUCAAGGCGACGUCGGUCGACGAGGCCAUCCUUCCCAGCAUCAUCUUUCCAGAGUUUGACUUUGAUUCUCUCGAGUCCAUCCUGCAAACCACUCAGCCAUCCGGUGCUGAAGGCGCUGCACCUCGCUUUGAUGCCUCGAUGCUGUUCGACUUGCCCGCCGACGAUGUUCUCUCAUACCACUCGGGGCGGUCGUCCGCUCAUAUCACCGCAAUGCUGAACGAUAUUGCCUUAAGCGAAACGGGCUCUGCCGCCCAAGCUUUCCGAACUGAGGUUGAACUCGAUGUUGCGCUGGCCACCAGCCGCCGUCCCCUUGUGCUCGAGCGCUCCAAACUGGGCGAUCGCGAUCUUUUGGUGUUUGCGCACGGUGAUCUUGGCGUUCCCAAUCUUGCUGGAAAUUACACCCAGGCCUACGCUGCUACGAAAGACUGGCGACGCGCCGAUGACCCGUUCUUGAACUCCAUCCUCAAGUCGGCCCAGUUUGUUCAUCGGGUGUUGUCUGGUGGCAGCGAAUUCAUGUCGAAUCCUGCCGUGGUUGACGCCAUGAUUCAGCUCUCGGUCCAGUUUUUCAAAAUCCGCCAAACCUACUUCUGUCCCGUCUACUUGGAGAAUUACGACAAUGCACAAACGCGCUCGGCGCGCGCCUAUCCGCCAACGCGGGAUGCAGCUGAGGCCGGCUUGAAAACAAUGGAGGACGAUGCUGCAUUCAAUGACACGCUCGUGAAUUUGACGGCGGACGAUCCGUCGCUUUUGCGGCGCACCUUUGUUCAGCGACGGCAGCAGGUGAACGAGCGGCUACGGUCGCGACCAGAGUCACCCGAUGCUUGCCCAAAUCCGUACGCGCAGGGUGGCACCGUCGACCCGCUCGAUAUUCAGGGCAGCAUUCGAUACGUGGCAACACCUGCUUGUUUUGAACAGUCGCCACAGGUGGCCAUCGAUGCUCUCGCCAAGGUUAUUGCCAAUGAUCCGCUCUACCCCGACAUGCCCCUCGCCGUCUGGGAUAUGGCCGGUCGUUUGUUGCACGUCAACGGCCGCUUGUGUUCGCUGAUGGAACUGACGCCGCAGCAGCUCCUGUAUGAGCGUGUGUUUGUUCACUCGCUCCUCCAAGUCGAGGAUGUUGGGCCGCUGGUCGUGCUCCAUUUGGGCGCACUGUGCUCCAACAUGAAUCGCUACGAGGUGAUUGCGCACAUGCAAAAGGCCUCAGGCGAGAAACUGCGUGUGCGCAUCUCGGUCGACUGCAUGCGCAAGGAGGAAAUUGUCUUGUCGCCGUUAACAAACAUGCUCAAGCGCGUGUUGAUUCAGAGUGUCGGUUAUUUCGAAGUGCUGCCUGCGUUGUCUGACUCGCUUUAACACACGCUGAUGAGACGCGACUCUGCGGUUUUUUUGUAGAUUUAUCAAUAUUAGAACAUGAAUGAGUUGUUAGAACAUGAAUGAGUUGUUCGGGAUUGUACUUGUUUUCCACUGAUUACCAAAUCA